AUGCGGGAGAUUAAAUACAUCAAGGACGUUGCUGACUGGAGCAAAACAAUUGACGCCAACAAAUAUUUAUUGGCCAAUUUCACCGCCAGUUGGUGUGGUCCAUGCAAAUUUAUCAAGCCGUUUGUAGACCAACUCUAUCAAAAGGACGAAUACAAGAAGAUCGAGUUUGUCCGCAUUGACACAGACACAGUUCCAGACGUUUGUACUCAAUUCGGAAUCAGUGGUAUUCCCUCUUUUGUUUUGUUGGAGCUGGGCAAAGAGAUCGACCGUGUCACAGGCGACUUCCAGGCUGAUUUGCCUCUGGCUUUGAGUAAACUUGCCCAAAGAGCGGCAGGAGAUGCUUCAGUAGAGCAGAGAGCGUCAACAGUCCAAUCUGCUGUUUUUAAAGAUGUUCAGAAGUUCAUUCCCAAUGGGUUUGAAUUGCUCAAUAAUAUCAUCCAUUUUGGCGACUCGGUUGCCUUGAACAUUAUGGCUCUCCAAAAAAAUAACGACGAUAUCAAAAAUGUUCUUCGUGAAAAUCCCAAGGGUGAUGCCACUGUCUACACCGAUGCCGAUUCGCAGGGUUUGUUCUUUGUGCAAUUGAACAACAUCAGUAAAGUACAUUCAAUUCUUCUUAAAUUGUCAAAGCCGCAAGCUGGCGAAAACACUAACUUGGAUGCAGAGGAGCUCGAGGAUGAAUGCCAACAUCCAUCUGUAGUCAAGGUGUGGGCAAACAAGCCAAGUAUCUUGUCCUUUGAUGAUGCCGCUGGCGACACCAACGCACAAAACGUGACAAAAAUCGAGGCAGCGGAUUUGCCUGGCUGGUAUGAGGUCAAGUUGAAGUAUGUUCGUUUCCAGAGCGUACAGACUUUGAACAUCUUUGUUGAUGGAGAAGAUGAGGACAACCAUACUGUGAUCGAGCAAAUUUUAUUAGUUGGUGUCAGUGGAGAUUCUGCCAAGAGUCAGCCGAUCAAUACUGAUGAUUAA